GGCGACCUGACGGAGCUGUGCGGGGGGCGGGACUGCACCACCUGUCGGUGUUUCCCGGCAAAAGGAGCGAGGGGUGCUCCAGGUCCUUUGGGUCCUCAGGGUCUGCAGGGUCCACCAGGCUUCCCGGGCCUUCAGGGACCCCCAGGACAGAAGGGYCAAAGAGGAGAUGAGGGUCCAGCAGGAGCUCCUGGACUGAAAGGAGAUGUUGGAAGUCGAGGUGUUCCGGGUUUUCCAGGUAUAAACGGAGUCCCGGGUCACCCAGGACCUGCUGGAGGUCCUGGUCUUCCUGGUCUGGAUGGAUGUAAUGGAACCCGAGGAGACAGAGGACAUCGUGGGUUGCCAGGAGAACAAGGACCAAAUGGAGAACUGGGUUUUCCAGGACCGAAGGGAUAUCCAGGAGAUCAAGUAUUUCAUUCCAUUCAGUUCCCAGGAGUUCCUGGAGACGCUGGCCUCAGGGGCUUACCUGGUCUGCAGGGGGAGCAGGGUCAACCGGGUCAGGUGGGAGCUGUUGGUCCUGCAGGACCUGAUGGGGUCAACGGCCUACCUGGUCUUCCUGGUUUGAGGGGUCCACCUGGAGAAAAAGGUCGAUUACUGCCGGGACAGAAAGGAGACGAGGGAGACCAGGGCCCUGAAGGGCCUCCAGGGCCCUUUGAGUAUGUUGACCCUCCUGAGGACCUGUACAUCAAAGGGGAACAGGGUCCAGAAGGGGUCAAAGGGAAAUGUGGCGUUCAGGGACCACCUGGUCCGGACUCACUCCCUGGGAUCAAAGGAGAGACUGGGAUUGUGGGGUUUCCAGGGUCCAGAGGUGACCCGGGUCGGCCAGGUCUGCCUGGGUACAAAGGUAUCAAGGGGUCCAAAGGAUCCCAGGGUCUCCCAGGUCUGAUUGGACAAAAGGGUCUUCAGGGCACCAUGGGAGAUGUGGGCCCCAAAGGCGUCUCUCAGAGUCCUUACGUUACCAACACAGGAGAAGAUGGUGAACCUGGGGCCCCUGGACGGAGAGGUAUUCCAGGGGACAGAGGGUUUAUGGGACUGCAUGGUCCUCGAGGAUCACCUGGGGGAUCCGUACCAGGACCACCCGGUUCUGAUGGUCAGGAAGGAAUUCAAGGGUUUAAAGGGGACAAAGGAAAUCCAGGUCAGAUGAUAGAAGAACUGGAACCUGGAGAACCUGGAAAACCAGGACAGCCAGGAUUCAAGGGGCCGAAGGGAGAGCCUGGUUUCCCAGGAACUUACUGCCUUCAAGGUGCCCCAGGACAUACUGGAGAACCAGGUCAACAGGGGCCCCCAGGGGCCUUUGGUUCCAGUGGGUUUAAAGGUGACCCUGGCACCUGUUUCUGUGGCCCUCCAAUUGAAAUGAGGGGCCCACCUGGUCCACAUGGGAACACUGGGGCCCCAGGAAAUCCAGGAGGCAAAGGACCAGAGGGCCUGAAAGGAGACAAAGGUUUACCUGGAGACAGAGGAGUGGCAGGAGAACAGGGUAUGGUUGGAUUUCGGGGAGUUAAAGGAUCUAAAGGACAGAAAGGAGAUUUAACCACGGUGAUGAUAAAAGGUAGAAAGGGAGACCAGGGCCCAAUGGGUCCUACAGGUGGACGAGGAUUCUCAGGAAGAAAUGGACUCGGUGGGCCUCCAGGGGCCCCUGGGAACCCUGGCCCCCAGGGUGAAAGUUUUGUUGGCUUCCCGGGCGAUCAAGGCUUCCAGGGACUUUCAGGACUAAAGGGGUUUUGGGGACCAGCAGGUCCUCCAGGACAAGGUGUGCCUGGAGCUAUAGGACUGCGUGGACUCCCUGGAAAACCUGGAUUUCCUGGCUUUCCUGGCUUUCAGGGCCUAAAGGGGGAAAAAGGUGAUACUCCCUGUAGAUAUCAAAGACCUGGUCCAAGUGGACAGAAGGGAGACCCUGGACAACCAGGUGGUCCAGGUCGCCCUGGUCCUAAAGGUUAUCAAGGCAUCAGAGGACCAGAUGGGCCCAAAGGAAACAAGGGUCGGAAAGGACUUCCAGGACCACCUGGGCCACAAGGACCUCGAGGAGCUGUUGGAGACCCUGGAGACGAAGGAACCGAGGGUCUCAGUAUUGAUGGGGGUCCAGGCUCUCCAGGACUCCGGGGCCUCCCUGGACUCCCAGGAUCACAAGGUGACAACGAUAAUGGCCCCCCAGGACCUUCUGGCUUUCCAGGACCACUUGGRUUUCCAGGACCUAAAGGUGUCCCUGGUCCCCCUGGUCCAGAAGGAACAGCAGGUGUCCUGGGUCUGCCUGGGGAUCCUGGACCAAAGGGCCAGAGAGGACAGAAUGGGAACCCAGGAGCAACUGGUCCCCAGGGCCCAACACCUGAUCAGUGUUGUGCAGGUUCCCCUGGUGAAAUGGGCCUCAGUGGCCCUCGAGGACCUCUUGGCCAUCCAGGCUAUCCAGGUGAGAAAGGUCAGAUUGGGGAUGGGGGUCUUUCAGUCACUGGUUCUAAAGGUCAAGCUGGUGAACCAGGAGGUCAAGGUUCACCAGGGAGCCCAGGGCCUCGUGGUCCCCCUGGUUCUAAUGGAGACUCUGGACUUAGUGGGGUCUUUGGUCAAAAAGGUCUGACUGGACCCCAGGGCCAAGAAGGAAGACCAGGGCCUUCAGGGACCAUGGGAUGCCCUGGAGACCAAGGCAUGACUGGGCAGAGGGGAGACAUGGGACGAGAUGGAGCUCAAGGACAUCAUGGACCAAACGGACAGAAAGGCUGUAAAGGAAAUCAGGGACCUCCAGGACAAAUCAAUCUAAUCACCUCUAAAGGUUCCAGAGGACAACAAGGACCCCUUGGCCUCACAGGAUCCCCCGGACCACGAGGAAGUAAAGGUGCCAAAGGYGCUGCAGGUUAUCCUGGAUUCCAAGGCUCAGUCGGACCCCCAGGGAUUAAAGGACUUCCAGGACCUCAAGGACCAAGGGGUAAACCAGGACCUCCAGGACCACCUGGACUCAAAGGACAUCAAGGAAACAAUGGCUUCCCUGGACUGAAAGGAGACUUGAAAGGAGACUCUGUUGGUUGUCCUGGUGUACCUGGAGACAAAGGCUAUCCUGGAGCUACAGGAGUCACUGGCUUUUCUGGACAUUUAGGAGACUUCGGGCCACCUGGCUUGACUGGAGCUCCAGGACAGAAAGGAUGCAAAGGACUCCCAGGUCUCAGAGGUUACCAUGGAGAAGGAGGUGUACUUGGUCCUCCGGGGCCCAGAGGUCUCUCUGGGCAUCCAGGUCUUCCUGGUGAAUCAGGUGCAGAUGGCCCUUCUGGACUGCAGGGUUGCCAGGGACUCCAAGGUCCUCCUGGACCUCCAGGACUUCAUGGACUGGAUGGACUGAAAGGAGUGAAAGGCGACAUGGGGACCAGAGGUCUGAGCUCGCAGGGUCCUCCAGGUUUCCCAGGACCACAAGGACAGAAAGGUCCACAAGGUCCUGAAGGUAUUACUUGUCCACCACAUCUAGGACCACCAGGACCCAGAGGACCACCAGGACCCAAAGGGCCUGAAGGUGGUUCUGGACCUCCAGGUCCACCUGGGMAGAGCUGUGAAAUCCCAUACCCAGGAGUUCUAGGAGAUCGCGGUUAUGAGGGCCUAGAUGGAGACCCAGGGUGCCUUGGAGAAAUAGGAGACCCAGGUCCAAACCCUCCAAUCUGUGGAGACAUUGGGGACAAUGGCGAUCCAGGGUGCGCGGGGCCUAAAGGACCUAAAGGACUAAAAGGAUAUCAUGGGCCACAGGGCUGCCCUGGAGAYCCAGGUCCAAAAGGGAUGACAGGAGAUCCUGGUUUUAUGGGAGAACCUGGGAGUCGAGCUCCAAAAGGUGACCCUGGACUCUCUGGACCAAAAGGMCCAAARGGACCAGAUGGACCACCUGGUCCAAAGGGGGAGAAAGGACGAGAACUUCCCUGUCCCCUCUACCCUAUAGCAGAAAAUGGCCCCCAAGGACAACGUGGACCCCCCGGUCCACCGGGGGAAAUGGGCCUCCCUGGAGAAACUGGUCCACCAGGACAGAAAGGUUUUAAAGGAGAACGUGGACAAGAUGGACUGACUGGUUCUGUGGGACCAAGUGGUGAAAAGGGAGUCAACGGAGAACAUGGUUUGCCAGGGGAGAUGGGGGUGGAUGGAUCUCAAGGCGAACCCGGUGCAGCAGGGGACCGGGGUCCUGAUGGAGGGACUAACAACCUGAAUCUGGGGUUCUUGUUAGUGAAACACAGCCAGACGACAGAAAUUCCCUCCUGCCCAGAAGACAUGACCCAGUUGUGGGACGGAUACAGUCUGCUGUACCUGGAGGGUCAGGAACGAGCUCAUCCUCAGGAUCUGGGUCAGGCGGGCUCAUGUGUGCCAGUGUUCUCCACGCUGCCGUUCUUCGUCUGCGGUGUUAAAGGCUGCGGCUACGCCUCCCGGAACGAUAAGUCUUACUGGUUAGCCACAAUGGCAGAGGCUCCAAGAAGACCCUCUGAAGGAACGGCCAUCCAAAACCACAUCAGCCGCUGUGUGGUGUGUGAGGCUCCCAGCUCAGCGGUGGCGCUGCACAACCCCGACUUAAGUCAAGCACCAGACUGCCCCGAGAACUGGAGGAGCUUAUGGAGCGGACACUCCUUCCUAAUGUACACAGGUGGAGGUGAUGAAGGUGGGGGCCACUCUCUGACGUCCUCAGGAAGCUGCCUGCCUAAGUUCAGAACUCACCCCUUCGUGGAGUGUCAGGGCGCCCGAGGAACCUGCCACUUCUUCUCCAACAUCUACAGCUUCUGGCUGACCACGCUCAGAGACACGCCCACCACGCUGAGCGAGCCCACCCAGCAGGAGGAGCACGCCGCCAAGUGUCAAGUCUGCAUUCAUCAGUGACGGGGAGGAGCUCCGCCUCCUGCCGGGAGGACAAACUGUCACUCCUCCUGGACGAGGGACGAAGGGACACGCGUCCCUCUGGAGGCAGACAUGUUCAGCUCUUUYAGAAGACGUCCUGCAGGUCCAGGUCCAUCCAGCUGGAGGGUGGUGGUCACUGCUCGACCUUUGUUUCCACACACUGUCCUCAUGAGACGCACAGCUCCAAGCUUCUGCAAGCCUGGAGCUGGAUUAACAGACAGACCAGAUCUAAACUGCUGUGGUUUAUUACAGCUCCUCACUCUGCACAGAGAGCAGCUUCAGCCAUCAGAGUCAGAUUAUUGUGUGACGCCUGCUUCACACUGCAGGAUUUCAGCCUGUUAUCAACCCCCGAGGGUCCACAUGAAGACCCUCAGAGAGAGCAGGCUGCUCCUGCAGUGUGUGUGGUGUAGCACCAUGAGACUGACAGCUGCUGCUGCAACACACUUCAAUACAACUGAUGUCAUUUAUCAUGUUAAACUCAGUUUAAUUACAACUCACAUGAACUUUCAUUGAUCUGACAUCAAUGUCCUGCGAUCAUAAAAGUACAGAAGUACACAAAUGUUUCGUUAGAGUCCCUGUGGAUAAUUCUUACAUAUUUAUUUUACUGCCCACAGAAACAGAAAUAUUAACUUUAUAAAAAACAAAUCUUUGAUAAAUAAAGCUGUAGAAAACUUGUUCUAAAUACUGAGUGAAAACAUAAAAGCUGACAAACUAAAGUAAAAGAAAAAUCCUGAGCCUGAACUUAUUUACGUGGUGAUGAGAAUGAAAUCUGAGCAUGUUUGUAUCUUCUGUCACCGAUCUGUGAGGAUCCACAGAAACACACCUUUAACCGACAGAACGAAGGAGCUGCAGCACUCAGAUUACAACUGCAGCUAAGAAUAUUUACAGCAUAUAAUCCAGCCUGAGCUCCAUGCUUUGUGUUCAACUCGACACGGAGUGGCUGUGUCACCAUCAGCGCUCUGCCUGCUGGUAGCACAACACUAACACCUUCACUCACAUGGACCGGUUCAGCUUUGUUCCCCAAACACCCCAGAAGCCUGCAGCUGCAGCCACUUUCCUUCUGCACACUUUAUCUGCAGUUUACAUUGAUCCAUUUUGUAAAUAAGUGAGUAAACUUUAUUUAUUACAGACACAAACAUCAUAAAGGGUUUAACAGAGAGCAAAAUAACUAAAAACAAUAAAAACAGGUUACAAAUAUAAUAAAAACAAUAAAAACCCAGUAAACUGCGCUUAACUAAAAGCCUGUGUGGAUAACAUGACGGGUGUGAUGCUUCCUGCAGUUCUUACUGUCCGCUCAGAAACUGGACCUGUGAUGCGUUCAAGUCCAGAGAAAACUCAGAUUUUUGAGUGUUAACCACACCAGGUACAGAGUGCUACUACUUCCAAAUUUAUUCAUUUUUUUAGUGAAUCUAAUGUUUGAGAACAAAACUUCUCACAAAAAGUAACAAUAGUUUCUUUAUGUUCGGCCUAAACCCACCACUGUGAACCAGGCUCAACUUAAACCCUGGUGAUGUCAUCAGGGGGAGGAGCCAUCUGCGACUGCUGCUGCUCUUCAGCAGCUCAUCAGAGCAGCUGAGGUCGUUUCUUUUGAUUCUGCUGGUUGAUGAUCUCUGACAGCUUGUUUGACCACAGGAAGUGAGGGGGCGUGGACACGGACCCUGAGCCAUGUGACGGUUCUGUCUUCUGGAAGAGCCACAUGUUUGUCUCCGUCAGGUGACACAGGUGUUAAAGGUCACAGCUGCUCAGUCACAGUGGACCAGCACCUGAGUGGACACACGUUUGAACCGAUGCCACCGUUUCUGUAAACUUUGAUUUGUAGAGAACUCUUGUUUCUGAAACAUUAACUCUGACUUCAGUCACGUUUUUAACUUUCAGUCCCUCAGAGGUAAAGAAAAUAAAACAAUACUCAGGUAAAAAUUGGUCUCUUAAAUAACCUUGUUUCCUAAAGUUCAGAGCUCCUUUCCAGCUUUAAUUCUGACAACACUGAAGCAAAGAGUCCCAGAAAUGUUUCAGCCUAAUGUCUGAAACACCAACAGGCAGGACUCAUUAAAAACAUACAGAGCUCAAUUAUUUCUAAAAAAUCCUGUUUCUUCAUUUAAAAUGAGCAGCAGGGAGAAUUUUUUACAUCUAAAACCUGAAACAGUGGAGCAGAAUCUGACUGUAGAUCUAGUUUUUAUGAAAAACAAACCUAAAAGUGAAGUCUAGAUUUUCUUCAUCCAGACAAGCCCAGUGGGGUUUUAGGCUGGAUUCAGAAACUUUCAGUUUGUUUUCAGGUUGGAUGUUGUGUUCUUAUCAGAUGUGAAUUUUUGCACAACUAUAAUAUAAAAAUAAAAUAAAAAGCUUUUUUUAGACUAAAUGUUAUGGGAGGUGAGGACUUCAAGUCCCAGGAGGUUUCAACUUCCUGUUUGUAAAAAUAUGCCUGUCAUCUAAAGUUUGUGUCACAUAAAUAAAAACGUUGGGGAACCAUUAUACAGGAAACUUCCUUAAAGACAUUGAACAUAUUUUAUUUGAUGCAUUGUCUAAAAUUGUGGGAUUUUUAAAUUAUAAUUAGAAAAGAACAGUAGCACUCCAAAACAGUUGCCUAAAAAACCCUAAACUUUAAAAUAUCAGGGACUGAGUACACGACCCUGUGGAACACCUGGAGUCUGUAAUAGGAGCUGGUGUUUUUGAUGAUUUAACUGUUAUUAGAUGUUAUCUGAAAACAGUAUGGACACAUGUGAUUAGUGCAGCUUUAUAAAAUAUGUGAACAUUUUCCAGAACAGUUUUUCUGCACUCCAGGGUUGUUUUCUUUAUUUCUGCUCCUGACUGAAAACCAUAACAAUCAUCUGAACCGUGAUGUCACAUGUUCUGUAAUCUGAUUGGCUGCUGUGACUGUUUCUCCCACGGAAACAUGAAGGCGCAGGCACAGUGCUGUCUGUGUGAGACUUUGUGCUGCCAUCUUGGAAGGAGCUAUGUGGAGUGCUUAGUUCCAACCUGCACUCGGUCGUUUUGUCACUAAGCUGAACUUUAGCUACCUGAAGUGGUAGGUUCUUCUGGCCUGUCUGAUCCAGGCAGGAGGCUCAUUGCACCAUACUCUUUUUUUCCCUCAUUUUCAUAAUGUACAUGAUAUAUUUUAUGUUUAAGUGAAAUAAAGUUAUUUCUUGGUGUUAUUGGACCGGUGACAGCAGCACAAACUGUCAAGCUGUGAUACAUGUAGCUCCUAGCAAGAUGGCUGCUCCAAACCUCAUCCAGCCCUGCCAGUGGCCAUUCCUGUUUUUCUGUUUGACUGGUUCCUCCUCCUCUCAAACUUUUUUAAAAUUCAUUAUUUUAAUGUUUUUUUCUCCUGUAAAUGUAAACUAACAUAUCUGUGGUUAUUCUGGUUCUGCUCAGAGUCCGGCUCUGGUUCUGGUUCUGGUUUUGUUCGUUGUAAAUAUGUUUGACCUGAACUGUUUUACAUUUUACUGUAAAUGUCAGAGUAUUUAUUUAGCCUCAAAUUACUGUUGGUGCUUUUUAAAUGUCUGUCUCUUAUUUUGGUAAAAGGCUUGAACAGGUGUAGCCCCGCCCACUUACACCGCCAAAAUAAAGCAGCAUUAACAUUUUUACAAUAAAUAGUGUAUAUGUGUUAGUUCUCCAGGUGGUGGACAAAACUUGAAAAUGAAACUUUGUUUAUUCCAUCAUUUCACGUAAUUUUACUGAGAUUUUGUUUUUUAUUUAUGAGAAAAUAAAAUGUAAAAACUUUAGUAUUUGAAGCUUCUGGGGAGGGAUCACUGGUUUCUUGUUUUAUUUUAAAUCUGUUGCUGAUAUUUUCAUCUCUUUCAGAGUAAACUUCCUGCUAACACCGAAUUAUUUUACUGUCUGGAUAAAAGUCUCCUGAAUAAACUGCAUCUAGUUUAACUUCA